CCUGCAGAGAGCAGAUUAGACGGUUCAGUGUUUAUGAGUGCAGGUAGAUCUGAAACAGGACGGUCCACAUGUCAAGCUCCACACACACACACACACACACAUACAGGUAAAUACACAGGUAAACAGGCAGCAGCAGGUAUCUCAGGUGUUUCUCAGGUGUGUCGGCACAGAGGAGUUUAAAACAAGAUGACUCCUCCUCCUCCGGUCCCCAAACCUCGAGCUCGUUACAUGAGGGACAGUCUGAGCUCCGCCUCCUCACUGGACAGAGACGAGAACACUGAAAAUCAACAACCAGCUUUCUCUAAUGGAGUUCUCCUGAGCACAGGUGUAGAUGCUCCUCCUCCUGUCUGUGGCACUGUCUUCCCAUCUCUGGCCGGAGUCACUGACAUCAUCGCCACCAGUAUCCCGUCAUUGGCUGGAUUUGCCACCGCCAUUGGAGGCUCCGCCCGCAGCCCCCCCACCCCCUCAGCCCCCCCACCCCCCCCGUCCUUAGACAGUGUGGCUAACAGCAUCGCCAGCCACAUACCUAGCUUAGCAGGAACUGCUAGCACUGUGGCUAACCCAGGUGCUGCCACUGCUCCGUUAAACUCUGCCUCCACCGCCACACCUGCACCUGCUGCUGAUGCUGUUAGCUUAGACAACAUUGUGAGCUCAUUAGCUAACAUACCCAUGCUAGCAGGGAUUGUUAGCAGUGUGGCUAACCCUGCUGUUAGCACCGAUGUGACUAUGGCCACCCCGUCAGCCCCGCCCCCCACAGCUGGUAAACCCCGACCCCCGUCACUGCCAAGGAUUGGAGCCACUCACACAGAUGUGGGAGCGCUGUCACAGCUGGUGAUGUCAGCGUUAGACCAAAAUGCAGGAGUCACGUUACCUCCUCUAGAGGGAGCAGCUGAGCCACCAGAGGAAGGUGUCAAACAGCCUCCUCACACCCCCAGAGAAGAGAACCCGUACGUCACCAUAUUGGCGAGCUGGGCGAGUCAAGAGGAACCUGACACUGACUCAUCCAAUGAGGAUGAAGACACAGGCGCUGGCCACGCCCCCUCUGGUGCUGAUGGACCAGUGAGUGAGGAUCCUGCUUCUGACCCAUCUUCAAACACCAACAGCAUCCCGACCAAUCGGAUCGUCCCCACUCGACCAGCCCCGCCUCCUCCUCAUCCUCCCAGACAAUCAGCAAAGCCUGUGAAACAGAAGACCCCGCGGGCGGCGACCAUCAGAGUGUCCAGGAAGAAGGGCGGCAGCGGGAGUUCAUCUCCACAGGGCGCCGUGGUUAGAGCCAGCUGGUUGGAUGUCUGGAAGGGCUUCAGACACAGUGUUUUAUGGGUGACUUUGGACGGACAGCUGAUGUCUCUGUGGAAAAAACGCACAGACCGCUUCAGUGAGCUGCUCUUUCACGUCUCCAGUAUCACCAAUGUGAAGAAACAGGACAAAGGCAGAUUCUCCAUUUACUUCAAGAAGAAACAUUAUGACUUCAUGGCUCAUAAUGACGAGGUCCAUGAAGGUUGGGUCACGUCUCUGCUAGCAUCUCGAGGGCAGCCAAGCCCCGCCCCCCCAGAACUCCAUGGACAAAUCACCAUCAAGGACCCGCGGAGCCGCGCCUACGCCGCCCUGUGGGGUCACGACCUCUGGAUUUACCCCAGCAAGGAAGGCUUCCAGCUGGGUCUCGCCUCCUUCUCCGUCCCCCUGAACGUGGCCACGGUCAAACCCACAGGAAAACACUCCUUCACCCUCAUCACGCCAUACAGGAGCUUCAACCUGUCUGUUGAUUCGUCAAAGGACCUGUCCAUGUGGUUGGACAGUCUGUCUUCAUCUAUCCGCAGCGCUCUGUCCAGCAGCCAGGUGGCGCUGCGUCUCUGGGAAAACCCCGACAACAAGGUGUGCGGUGACUGUGGCUCAGCCAAUCCUGAGUGGGCGUCGGUCAACCUGCUGCUGGUCAUCUGUCAGGCCUGUGCAGGUCAGCAUCGAGCUCUGGGCACCAACCUGUCCAAGGUACGCAGUCUGAAGAUGGACAACAAGGUCUGGACUGAACCACUCAUACAGCUGUUUGUUACCUAUGGUAACCGGCUGGCCAAUCAGAUGUGGGCUCCAGCGGUACCGGCUGCGGAGCAGCUGCUUCCCGAGUCGUCUGACGAGGAGAGGUUCAGGUUCAUCCAGGACAAAUACAGCAGGGGGCGCUACAGACGAGUCCACGCUCUGGCCUCUUCACACUCUCUGAUGGAUCAGAGGCUGCGUCAGGUGGUAUGUGGAGACGACGUGGAGGAGACGAUGUCUCUGAUCUGCUCCGGAGCAAAGGUGUGUCAGUCAGACCCUCAGAGCCCCUCCCCCAUCCUGCUGGCCGAGAGGGCUGGGAAGGCUCUGCAAACUGAGCUGCUCCGCCUCAACGAGUACACAGACAUCCCGCCGUACCUGCCACAGUCAGCCAAUAGGAGAGCUGACUCCGCCCCCUCAGGUGAGGAAGAGGAGGAGCUUCAUGGUAAACUGGAGGACGAUCGUUUCCUCUUCUCAUUAGAAAAUGAUUCAGCUGCAUGUGACGUCCUCGACCUGCGAGAAGUUCUCUCAGUGUUCCUCAAGGAUGGACCGGUUCAUCAGUUUGAGAUGGUGACGCUGAGCGAUCAGAUGAUCUGUGCUGCUGACAACAAGGAGGCACUGCUGAGUCACCUGGUUCACAUCCUGAAGGUGAUUCUCCCAGGGGGCGUGAGUUAUGCAGAGGUGGGCGGAGCUUCUGCAGCCAGUAAAGUGUGUGUCGUAGAAGUGGGUGGAGCUUCUAUUCACUCUGAUGCCUGGUUGUUGCUGUGGGAGGACGGAGUCAGCAUACAUCCAGUCCACAGACACACACAGCAGCCUCUGAAGAUGGAUCUGAGCGCGCUCAGUCACCACGAAAUGGAUCCAUCAGAAAACAUCAUCACCAUGGCGACGGCCGACAGGAGGGUGUUGUUGCGUUUCGAGGAGCAGCACAGUUGUCAGUCCUGGUUCGACCACCUGCAGAGAGCUCUGGCCAAUCAAAGAGCAGCUCCACAACGUCCACCUGCACCCAAUCGGAGCUCAGCUCGUCAGUCUCUGUACCCGGUGAUAGAUGUGGACUCGAGGGGUUCAGUCCCGCCGGCUGUGGAGCGCUGCAUCUCCCACAUCACAGCCUUCGGUCUGAAGGUGGAGGGCGUGUACCGUCGCUGUGGUCUCGCCAGAAAAGUCAAUGGAUUGGUGAAGGCUCUGAUGGCAUCACCCAGCUCUGCCCCUCUGGAGAAUGACGAGCAGGGUGUCUUAGACGCUGGCUCCGCCCUCAAACAAUAUGUCCGCCAGCAAGAGAGUUUGAUCCCCGACAGAGACCGCCAGCAGUGGGUCCACGCUGCAGGUUAG